AUUAACCAACUUCCGGUGUCAUGUCAGCCUCCAUGAUCCAACUAAAUACCAGCACAUGACUGACGACAGGGCAGUAUAAGAUAUGCCAUGGUUGUGUGAGUUGAAAACAGAUUAAAGCAUACCUGUUUCUGAAGACAAAGGAUGCAAAUGUGUUCCCUGGUUAUGCUGAAUAGGACUAUCCAGUCCCAACUGGUGUCUGUCCUGUACAGACAGCUUGUGACAAGGGUAGACAGAGAAAUACCAAGAAUAACAACUCCUCAUAAGGUUAAAGUUCAAUUUGAAAAGAAGGAGAAAAAAAUUUUGAGGAAGAAAGCCAUACAGGCAAAAGUGAACAUGUCAAACAGGAAAUCUUCACUUCUAAUCAACUGUAAACGUCCACAAUAUAACCAUCACAGAGGGCAGACCUACAGUGAAUUUAACCCAAAGAUGUUAGCCUCCCAUGGCUGGAACAACUAUAAGUCUAUAGGGGAUCAUUUCACCAUCAAAGCACAUGGCCAGAAUCCAGCCUUGCAAAUUGUUGAUGAAACAGUUCAGAGAUUUGAAGAUUACGACCUGAAUGAACACUUAUUAGAGCAGGUUGAAAAAUUAGACUUUGAAUAUCCAACCAAAAUACAGAGAUAUACAUUCAAUGCUGUGUUACAAGGACAGAAUGUAAUCUGUGCUGCAGAAACAGGCAGUGGUAAAACACUAGCCUACCUGCUUCCAGUCAUGGAGUUGGUGUUCCGCAUGCAGUCCUUUGAGUCUGACAAGGGUACUCUGCCCAACUCACCCAGAGCUAUUGUUGUUUUACCCUCCCUUGAACUGGCCACCCAAGUCAUGGAUGUUGCCAGCAAAUUUGCAGAAGCCUGUGAUAUCAACGUGAAGCUGUUAUCAGGGAAAGGCAUCACUAGUCAAAACAUAAAAUAUCUUGGAAAAGAAGACAUGGAUAUUGUUAUCUCAACUCCCAUGACACUGCUGAAGUUCUUCAAAUCAGGUAAGCUUAGUGGUGCCAAUUGUCAGCAUUUGAUACUGGAUGAGGCAGACACCUUGCUGGAUGACAGUUUCAGCGAUGUCAUCAAGAAAGUAAUGCAGCAUUUACAAAUUAUUGUGUCUGAUGGCCUAACAGAAGACCAGGUAAACAUGCAUAGCACACAGUUACUGCUGGUCAGCGCCACCAUGCCACGUUAUCUGGAAACUGUCCUGGGGAACCAUAUAGAGAUUGAAUCUUUCAAGAAAAUAAAGACAGACAGCUUACAUCGACUGAUGCCACAUGUUCCCCAGACAUUUGUACGUCUCCAUCAUGAGCAGAAAGCUGAUGAGAUCCUGAACAUUACAAAGGAAAAUCUGACCAACAACAUACCAACCAUGAUUUUCUGUAACAAAAGUGACACAUGUUUCUGGCUACAUAAGUUAUUAGUGGAGCAUGGGAUUCAUAACAUUGUCCUAAAUGCUCAGAUGGAUGGCAAGCUGAGGAGGAACAGAUUUUCAAAUUUCCAGAAUGAAGCCGCCAAUAUAUUUGUGUGUACAGACAUCUGCUCCCGAGGCCUGGAUACACUACGGGUGCAGCAGGUGAUUAAUUUUGACCUUCCUCAGUUUGUAUCUGACUACAUCCACCGUGCAGGGAGAGUAGGACGUGUGGGAGCUGAGGACAAUGGGAGAGUGGUCAGCUUUGUAACACAGAGAUGGGAUGUCAAACUAGUCUGGAAUAUAGAGACUGCAGCAAGAAAAUCAGCACAACUUGAAAAUGUGAAUGCAAACAUCAAAAAGAAAAUCACAAGUAUUGUAAGGAGGAAAUUCCGAAGUUCUUCUUAAUAAAGUGUUUAUGACAUAACAAAAUUGUGGCCAUUUUUUAUUUGGAGUGUACUCUCAAUAUUCACACUACCAAGGGGUAAAAACUACAGCCUGUUUUAAACAAACUAAUUGUUAAUGUUGAUAUAUGCAAUCUUUUGUGAUACCCUAACUCCAUUUGGAGUUAAAAAAUUAUGUCUACAGUGACUAAAAAUUAUUUUAAGUAAGUGAUAAAGAGAUAUACCUGUACAUAUAAUUUAUUACAUGUAAUAAAUGCUAUAUAAAGGUAUUGGAACGGGGACUUGGUUAAUUGGAGGAGAGACUACUUUGCCUAAUGUUUCUGUCAAUGACAUAUCACAUAUGUAAAGUAUUGUUCUGAGAGGGGAGACUACUCCUGCAUAAUGUCCUUGUCACAAUAAUAUUUAAGAUAUAUAAUGUUUGUAUCAAUGACUUAUCACCUACAUAAUGUACUGUAAAGAUAUGAGAGGAGACUACUCCUGCAUGAUGUCCUUGUCACAAUGACAUUUAAAAUAUAUAAUGUUUGUAUCAAUGACUUAUCACCUGUAUAAUGUACUGUAAAGCUAUGAGGGGAGGCUACUCUUGCUGGAUAUCCUGAUCAUAUAACACCUAUGUUACAGUAAAACAUACGACUGGAAAUUCUAGUCAGAUGUCACAUUUAUAACAUGAAGAAUAAAACUAUUCCUUUAGAGAUUGUUUAA